ACGCUAACUUUUAUUACUUACUAUUAUGAGGUUAUCCUUUUAAAUAAAAACACCGUUGUUUUUUCUUCUUUACUAACUAAAUGUUGUUAUUAUAUUUAUAAUACCAGACACUUUAAACUACGUCAUAAAUGGAAGAAAAUGAAGGAAAAUCUAUCGUGAUAGAAAAAUGUUUUUCUACAUUUACCUUGAUAAAAGAAAACAUAACUGUCCUCGACCUGAGCAAUAAUUAUAAUAAUAUCAUAGAAAAGAAUAUGCAGCUACCUAUAAAUCUAACUGAAUUAUAUUUAAAGCACAAUGAACUUACUGAAGUGCCUGUUUCAGUAUUAAAUCUUGAAAAAAUUAAAAUUCUAGAUAUUUCGUUCAAUAACAUACAAUACUUUGAUGAUACUCCAAACUUUUACGAAACAAUUGAAAAAUUAAAUAUAUCUAACAAUAAACUAUUGGGUCCUCCGUACUGGAUAUGGUCAGAAAAAUGUAAACAUUUAUUUGAUGUUAAUAUAGGAUUGAAUAUGAACAUAACAAAAUCUCUUGACAAUGCUUAUUUUGAAGAAUUACUCAAAUAUAAUACACUAGUCACUAGGAUAACAAUUAAUAAUUGUAUGUUAAUAAAACAUUUAAAGUUAUUAGGUACAUUUCCAAAAGCAAAAGAGCUUAUCCUGGGGAGUUCUGAAUUGAGAAAUAUGUGUUUUACAAACAAAAUUGAAGAAGUGCCUUUUAAUGGUUUAGAUAAGUGUUGUGAUAUAGAAAUAUUAGAAUUAAGUAAUACAAAUAUUUACAGUAUUACACAUAAUAUAAAUAUUUACAAAAAUUUAAAGAAAAUUAAUCUUUCGUUAAACAAAUUAUCUGGUCUUCCAGAAGAAUUUUGCAGCUUAGUUAAGUUAGAAGUGUGCAUUUUGUCAUGUAAUAAUUUAUUAUACUUGCCUGACAACUUUUGUAAACUCGAUAAAUUAAAUAGCCUUUUGAUUGAUAGCAACAGCUUGUGCAUGCUUCCUGAAAAUUUAUGUCGAUUACCAAAUCUUAGCAAACUAGACUUGUAUGAUAAUUAUCUUUAUGAAGCACCAGAUGAAAUAGAAAAGCUACUGGAAAUAGACCUGGCACAAAAUUAUUUUGAUGAGCCAGAUAGUGUUGAUUAUAUAAAUAAAAAAGGAAAAAUCAGAUUAAGCCAACGCGAAAGAUAUGAUGGAAGAAAAUUAGAAAUAACAACAGCAGAAAGUGAAUAUUCUAAGGAUGAGACUGAUGAUGAACUUUUGUUCAGCGAAAAAAGUGAAGAAAAAGAAGCUGAUAACAGACCACUCAGUUCUCCCGAAGAUUGGGAUUCAGAUGAAUACUGGAUUCCAUAUUUCUCACGUCAGUCAAAUGUACCACAAUCAGAAUGGCUUUACUUUGUCAAGCAGAAAAUGAAAGAAGGCAACUUCUGUCCCAUGGAUGCCCACCCCAUACCUAUAGCUGAUAAAGUUAAAUAUGAAAAACUGUGCCAUCCUCGAACUGAAUAUGAAUCAGAUGGACAAUUUGAUGAUUAUUCUGGUGAUGAUAGUUGAUAUAUAUUUUUUUUUCUCACUAAUAUUUUCUAACUAAAAAUGUCAAAAUCAUACAAGUAAUGUAUAAUCUUAUUGUACUGUAAUUUACAUACUAGUAAUAAUAAUGGACUGACUACCUCAUUUAUUUGUGCAUGAAUAUAUUAAAUAAUUAGCUGUAUUGAAGUAAAAUAACUUGGAAAAAAAGAUUUA